AUGGGAUGUGAUGGUCUUCAAAAAUUCUUGAGUGAGAUUCCAGUGGAAUGUUCGUCCAAUGCACAUUGUCUGGGCUGUCGUUACGGCGACAUGUGUUCAAACAUCGCAGAGUCCUUUAACUCUUGGAUCAAGGAAGCAAAACGUAUGCCUAUUGCAACACUUGUUAACUGGAUCAGACUUAAAAUUAUGGAACAGAUGAGUACAAGGAAGAGCAAGGGGGCGACGUAUAAAGGAUUCAUUUGUCUCAGGCUAGAGAAAAAAGUGUUGGCUUCCAUUCGUGCUGGUGUCCAGUGGAGAAUAACCAAGUCUGGUGACAUGGAGUGGGAAGUUUUUGAUGGAAAGCACACGCAUGCUGUUAAUAUUGCGAAGUUUCAGUGCAGCUGUAGGGUUUGGUUUACUGAGCAGUUCCCUUGUGAUCACGCUAUUGCGUGUAUGCAUUCAAAUAACAUCAAUGUUUACGAGUACAUUAAUCUGUAUUUCAGCAUUGCUAGCUUUCGUGCUUCGUAUGAUCGUCCUAUCAAGCCCAUUCCUGAUUAUGAAAAGCCUACUGAUGUUUCUACUGGAGAUCUCGUGAACCCACCAACUGUCGUAGGAAAAAAACAUGGUAGGCCGAAGAAGAAGCGGAUUCCUAACACAGGUAGUGCAAGUUUCAAGAGACCAAUUACGUGCGGUAACUGCCAUACUCAGGCACAUCAUAACAAGACGACGUGUCCUCAUCCUCCUGCGAAAAAGUAA